AUGUCCGACUUGGAGACUGUGGCUAAAUUUUUGGCCGAAUCAGUAGUUGCAUCCACAGCUAAGGUAUCCGAAAGGAAUUUAAAACAGUUGGAGACGCAAGAUGGGUUCGGUUUAACACUAUUGCAUGUUAUUGCUUCCACCAACUUGCCAUUGUCUACCAGAUUAGCUGGUGCUUUGUUUUUCAAGAACUUUAUCAAACGGAAGUGGGUGGAUGAAAACGGUAACCAUUUACUACCGGCUGAGAAUGUUGAACUAAUCAAAAAGGAAAUUGUUCCCUUAAUGAUAACCUUGCCAAACAAUUUGCAAGUUCAAAUUGGAGAGGCGAUUUCCAGUAUUGCAGACUCUGAUUUUCCUGACAGAUGGCCUACACUUUUAAACGAUUUGGCCUCCAGAUUAAGUAAUGAUGAUAUGGUAACUAAUAAAGGUGUUCUUACAGUGGCACAUUCUAUCUUCAAAAGAUGGAGACCUUUAUUCAGAUCGGACGAACUUUUUUUGGAAAUAAAGCUUGUUCUUGAUGUAUUCACAGCGCCACUUUUAAAUUUACUGAAAACCGUUGACGAACAAAUAACAGCAAACGAGAACAAUAAGGCAAUGUUGAAUAUGUUGUUUGACGUCCUACUAGUAUUAAUUAAACUAUACUAUGAUUUCAAUUGCCAAGACAUACCGGAAUUUUUCGAGGAUAACAUCCAGAUUGGUAUGGGUAUCUUUCAUAAAUAUUUAUCAUAUUCAAAUCCGCUAUUGGAGGAUCCCGAUGAAACUGAACACGCGUCUGUUUUAAUAAAAGUGAAGUCUUCAAUUCAAGAAUUGGUACAGUUAUACACAACAAGGUAUGAAGACGUUUUUGGACCUAUGAUCAAUGAGUUCAUUCAAAUCACCUGGAAUCUUUUAACUUCAAUGUCCACGCAACCAAAAUAUGAUAUUUUAGUAUCCAAAUCUCUGUCGUUUUUGACCGCGGUAACACGUAUCCCAAAAUAUUUCGAAAUUUUUAACAAUGAAUCCGCCAUGAAUAACAUAACAGAACAGAUCAUUUUGCCAAAUGUCACAUUACGUGAAGAAGAUGUCGAAUUAUUUGAAGAUGAUCCAAUUGAAUACAUUCGUAGAGAUUUGGAAGGUUCAGAUACAGACACCAGAAGAAGAGCUUGUACGGACUUCUUGAAGGAAUUAAAGGAAAAAAAUGAAGCAUUAGUGACAAAUAUAUUUUUGGCUCAUAUGAAGGGGUUUGUCGAACAAUAUAUGAGUGAUCCAUCCAAAAACUGGAAAUUUAAGGAUCUCUAUAUUUAUCUAUUCACUGCACUGGCCAUUAAUGGGAAUAUUACCAAUGCCGGUGUUUCAUCAACUAACAUUUUAUUGGAUGUAGUCGAUUUCUUCACCAGAGAAAUCGCACCUGAUCUAACCUCAAACAAUAUUCCCCAUAUUAUUUUGAGGGUCGAUGCAAUCAAAUACAUUUACACAUUUAGAAAUCAAUUGAACAAGGCCCAAUUGAUUGAGUUGAUGCCUGUUUUGGCCACUUUCCUACAAACAGAUGAAUACGUUGUUUAUACGUAUGCUGCCAUUACUAUCGAAAAAAUUCUGACCAUCAGAGAAUCUAAUACAUCGCCUGCCUUUAUUUUCCAUAAAGAGGAUAUUUCAAGUAGUGCCGAAGUUCUUCUGAAUAAUCUUAUUGCAUUAAUAUUGAAACAUGGUAACUCACCUGAAAAACUAGCUGAAAACGAAUUUUUAAUGAGGUCAAUCUUUAGAGUCUUGCAGACGUCAGAGGAUUCUAUUCAGGCCUUAUUUCCUCAAUUAUUGGCCCAGUUCAUCGAAAUUGUAACAAUAAUGGCCAAGAAUCCAUCGAAUCCAAGAUUUACCCAUUACACUUUUGAAUCCAUUGGUGUCAUCUUGAAUUAUGCCCAGAGAGAAAACUUACCAAUACUCGCAGAAUCCAUGAUGCCAACGUUUUUAACUAUUCUCUCUGAAGAUAUUCAAGAAUUCAUACCAUAUGUUUUUCAAAUUAUUGCAUUUGUUGUUGAGCGAUCUGCAACAAUCCCGGAAAGUAUUAAACAAUUAGCACAGCCUUUACUAGCUCCAAACGUAUGGGAAUUGAAGGGUAACAUUCCUGCUGUGACAAGAUUACUAAAGAGCUUUAUAAAGACAGAUUCCUCAAUUUUCCCCGAUUUAGUUCCAGUUUUAGGUAUUUUCCAAAGGCUGAUUGCAUCGAAGGCUUAUGAAGUUCAUGGGUUUGACCUAUUAGAGUACAUCAUGCUUUUGAUUGACAUGAAUCGCUUAAGCCCAUACAUGAAGCAAAUCGCAGUGUUACUAUUACAAAGAUUACAGAAUUCAAAAACAGAAAGAUACGUCAAGAAGUUAACUGUAUUUUUAGGUUUAAUCUCCAAUAAAUUGGGCUCUGAUUUUGUUAUCCAAUUCAUUGAUGAAGUGCAAGACGGCCUUUUCCAACAAAUCUGGAGUAAUUUUAUUAUUACUACAUUGCCUACAAUUGGUAAUUUGUUAGACCGUAAAAUUGCAUUGAUUGGUAUUUUGAACAUGGUUGUAAAUGGUCAAAUCUUCCAAAACAAAUAUCCAGCUUUAAUUUCAAGUACAAUGAACUCCGUUAUAGAGACAGCAUCGUCACAAAGUAUUGCGAACUUGAAAACUGAUUUCGUGGAUUUAGAUAAUUUGGAAGAAAUCUCCACAUUUGGUUCCCAUUUCAGUAAAUUGGUCAGUAUUAGUGAAAAGCCAUUCGACCCAUUACCUGAAAUUGAUGUUAAUAAUGGUGUUAGACUAUAUGUUAUUGAAUUGUUGAACAAAUGCAAUGCCAUGUCUGGGAAUACAUUUUUAAAUACAGUUUUGCCUCAAUUGACUCAAGAGAACCAAAUAAAACUGAAUCAACUAUUGACCCGUAAUUAA